UGGGACCCAACAUUGAUAGAUGACACUUUAUAUCGCAUUAGCAGCAGCUCCGGAGCCAAUCACAGCAGGCAAGGAGCAAACGCUCCGGGUUGCGAGGAACGAAGCCGUGAGUUGAUCGGCGAAGAAAAGAGGCGAGCACUUGCAAAAAAUAAAUGUUUUGUCAAACUUCUUAAAACUUUCAGUCAUGUCACAAUACCAUGGACAGCGAUUCGGAUGACGAAACGAUACACCUGCUGGAAAAAAGACGCAUCCUAACAGAAGGACUUUUCCGACUCCCUUAUGAUUUGAUCGCAUAUCUCGAGCGCGCAGCGAUACACUCGGAACUGGGCUAUCCUGACCUAGCCGCGGGAGACAGCUACAGAGCACUUCUGCUCUGUGACGAAUGUGUCAAUGAAGGGUUCGAAUACCACGAGGAGGCCCUGCAAACCUUACGCUUGCGUGCCGCUGACGGCCUUCCCCCGCUGCUUCGAAGACCAGGGACGGCCCACGCAGAUCUCGCUGGUGGGGUAGAGGCUUUGACCAUAGACGGAGACCAAGACCAAAGAACCUGGCAAGUCGCACAGAUAGCAUCAUUACGAUGUUAUCGCAGCCUCGCCAUCAGCCUGCUGCUGUGCGGCUGUCUGAAGAGUGCUUUCGCGUUUUGCAGCAGGGGCCUGGCGGCAGGGCCGGAGGAUGAGGAGCUUUUGCAGGCUAAGGAAUACAUCGAGAAGAUGGCGAAGAGGAGACUGAAGGUCGACGAAGUGGAUAUCAAUGAGCUCCCAGACAUCGGAUUGGUUCGCAGGGAAAUAUAUCCAUGGAACGACCAUGAACCAAACCGGUUUUCACAGGAAACGCUGAACUUCCUGAAUGGCCAGCUCGCGGAGGCAGCUCCGAACUGCGAAGUGAGGGUCACCGAGUUACCUACCCUGCUCGAAUCUGCAAGUAACACGGAUGGCUACGGCAUCAUACCUACAAAUAAGCAGCUUGGGCUGUUCGCGAAGGCUGAUAUCAAGCCAGGCGAGGCGGUGCUCCACGAGUUCUCCCUUCUUGCAGCCAACAACCGCCUAAAGGAAUCUUUGUGCGACGCAUGCAGCUCGGAAUUACCCCCUCUGAACGAAAAUACUGAGGUCGUGGGGUGCCCGGAAUGCGAAGAUAUCAUGUUCUGCAAUGAAGACUGCCUGAGACGAGCGCAAGAGGCAUAUCACCCAGCGGUCUGUGAUAAGGACAUUGAUACUAUUGCAAAGGAUCCAGACCCAAAAGAAAAGCCCUUCGCUCUCUAUCUGCUUCUCCUGUCCAGAUCUCUAGCUAUGGCUGCCACUCAAGAGGUCCACCCCCUUGAGCUAGUCGAGGUGAAGUAUAUCUGGGGUGAUUUCCUCCCAAGCUCUGCAAAUGCUGUUCCUCUAUCACCUAAUGCCCCACCACCUCCUGUUUGGACGCUUCCUUUCUCGUUCCAAUACAACAUCUCUGGGCCUCUCCACGUCUUGGAAAAAAUGGACAUUGAUAUCUUCGCCUCGCUUGCUGAUUAUGAUCUCUGGAUCUUCAAUACGUUGUAUAGCAAAUUCAGGGGUACCGCAUCAGCUCGUGUGAACAAGCGGAAUGGACAUCCAGAGGUUGCUGCUGUCCAUCCACUAUGGUGUCUGGCCAACCAUGACUGCAAUCCGAAUGUGCAGUGGGAAUGGGGAGGAAGAAUGAAGCUUUGGUGCAGGGAGAAGAGGAUAGGUGGUUUACCGGGCGGGAUCCAGGCUGGCGAGGAGAUAUUGAGUCAUUACUGCGAUAUUGACUUGAAGGUUCAAGACCGGAGAGAGUGGGCCCAGGGAAGUUUGGGCGGAUGGUGCAUGUGUGAGCGAUGUAGGACUGAAGCAGCCGAGGAGAAGUCAAAAGCUUUGAAUGGAAGUAGUUGAGGAGACGUUGGUGAACGGUGAUGCUUAAGGAGACUUUACAUUCGGCUACAUAGAUUUCACGGUCAACAUAAGAAUACAUGGAAUUUCCCUCCAAUUACAACGUCUAUAAUUUGGCGGAAAAUAAUGUCUGUCGCUGCUUAGGACAACGAGUUCGGAGGAGUCUCACAGUUGCAACGGAUCUCCCG